AGACAUGACAGAGUCAAGCUUACGUAUCAGUGGGGGAGCUGUCAGAUUUGGAGCCACCUAUGGAGGCAACCGUCUGUUCUCCGGAUCCAGGGGCAGUGGAGGUGUUAGUAUGGCUCUGUCCCGCUCGCUUGGCUCAGGAAGGGGAGCAGGAGCUGGCUUGGGAGGAGGCCUUGGAGCUGGUUUUGGGGCUGGAGCUGGUGCAGGAGCAGGGCUGGGCUUUGGUCUAGGAGGAGGGCUUGGCUUUGGUGCUGGAGGAGGGCUUGGCUUUGGUGCUGGAGGAGGGCUUGGCUUUGGUGCUGGAGGAGCCAGAGCAGCAGGGCUUAGGGCUGGUGUGGCCCCACUGAGUGCCCGUCUGGGGGGCAGAGUCUUCAAAAUUGGAGGCUAUGGUUUCAACCCAUCCUUCAUCAGCUCUACCACCACAGUGGAUGCAGGCGUCGGUCCAGUCCCCAGCAUCGAUCCAACACUCCCGUCCUCAGGCACAGUGCAGGUCACACGCUUGAAGGAGAAGGAGGACCUGCAGGCACUCAAUGACAAAUUUGCAUCUUUCAUUGAUAAGGCCCGGUCUCUGGAGCAGCACAAUGCAGUGCUUAAAGCCAAAAUUUCCAUGUUUACCAACCCAGAGCAGAGUGGACCUGCAAGCUCUUCCAUCCUUCUUACCUCUGCCAUCGGAACAUAUAAAUCCCAUAUUGAUGGCCUCACAGCUACUAAAGAGGCCAUCAUUGCUGAGAUAGAGCACUAUAAAGGCAUUUUUGAUGAUGUGCAGGCCAGGUAUGAAGAGGAAACAUCUCAAACCAAAAAUCUGGAAAUGGAUUGGACUACAUUGAAAGAGGAUGUGGACAAUCUUUACCUUUCCAUCUUUGAGUUGCAAACCAGCAUUGCCGGGUUGGAGGAUCAGAUUGCUCUAUCCAAGCAGGUGUAUGAUGCUAAAGUGAAAGAGGUGAGAACCAUUGUGACUGGAGGUAUGAAGUCAGCAGUCUCCAUCUCUGUGGAUAAUGCAGCCCAGGCACAGGAUCUGACCAUAGCGCUGACUGAAGUCAAAGGUCACUAUGAAAGCCUAGCUCAGCGCAGCAAACAGGAUGCUCUUCUCUCGGUGCAAGACAGUCUCUCUAUGAUGUCAGUAUCCACUCAGCCUAGUUCUCAGACGCUCACCACAGCCAUGGAGGAAUUGAGAGUUUACAAACUGCAGAUCGACUCUGUGCAGAGGGAGAUCGAGAGGCUCAAAUCUCUGAACUUACAGAUGGAGUCUCAGGUGGAAGAAGCAGAGUGCCACUCCAACUCUCACACAGAGACAUACCAGGAACAAGUUCUCAUUCUCAAGUCUCAGCUUGAUGAUAUCAGAAAGCAAAUUACUCAGUACGGUCAAGAAUAUCAGGAACUUCUUGCCAGCAAAAUGUCCCUGGAUGUUGAAAUAACAGCCUAUAAGAAACUUCUGGACAGCGAGGAGAACAGACUCAAAUCUGGAGGUGGCAUUACCGUGCACAUGUCAAAGACGUCAGUAGGAGGAGGAGCAAGUGGAGGAGGUCUGGGCCUGGGAGCAGGAGGUGCAGGUCUGGGUGGAGGUGCAGGUCUGGGUGGAGGUGCAGGUCUGGGUGGAGGUGCAGGUCUUGGAGGUGGAUUUGGCCUAGGAGGAGGUCUUGGUGGAGGCCUAGGACUGGGCCUUGGGGGAGGACUGGUCUUUGGAGCAGGUGCAGGAAGUUCCUUUGGUGCAGGAAGCAGUUACUCCAGCCUGAGCAGCAGUGCUUUAUCCUCCACUGUUUACUGAAGAUUCACAACCUCCACUCAUCAAGCCACAACAUAAUGCUGAGCAUCAACGUAUG